GACUGGACAGGACAGGACGGUAACAGGACAGAGUAGGGAUGUCCACAACUCACUGGGCUGGAGCAGCUGAUUCCCAGGGCACUGCAGACAUAGAUACCUGCCUGUCUACUACCUGAACCAAAGCUGCCAAGCUCCCUAUUGCAGAACAGAUAGGCAGAUAUUCAUAUAGCGCUGUGUUACACCGAUUCAAGUCAACUCCAUGAAAGUGGGACUAGACAGAGGAGACUGAGGUCUGUAACUCUACUGUGGUUUGCAGUAGCAUACUGGAAGAGAGUUGUGGGACUCCAGCAUUACCUCCCCCCUAGCAUGGAGCAUGGGGAGGGUUCACGACAAUCAGGAGAUAACACUCCCAGAGAGAGCAGCCCUUUCAUCAACAACACUGACCAUGACCGAGGAAACUACUACGAUGGCAAGAACAUGGCUCUCUUUGAGGAAGAGAUUGAGAGCAACCCCAUGGUGUCCUCUCUCCUCAACAAGCUGGCCAACUACACCAACCUCACCCAGGGCGUCACUGAGCACGAGGAAUAUGAGAAUGAGGAUGGGGUCACAAAGAUUGCAGUCAAGAGUUCUCAGAUGGGCACCUUCAUCGGUGUGUACCUGCCCUGCAUGCAGAACAUCCUCGGAGUCAUCCUCUUCCUGCGUCUCACCUGGAUCGUUGGCACCGCUGGAAUCAUGGAGUCCUUCGCUAUUGUCGUCAUGUGCUGCACCUGUACCAUGCUGACAGCGAUAUCAAUGAGCGCUAUUGCAACAAAUGGUGUAGUGCCAGCUGGAGGCUCCUACUACAUGAUCUCCAGGUCUUUGGGUCCAGAGUUUGGUGGGGCUGUGGGCUUGUGCUUCUACCUGGGCACCACAUUCGCUGGGUCCAUGUAUAUUCUGGGUACCAUUGAAAUCCUACUGACGUACAUCGUGCCGAACACUGCAGUGUUUGUGGCAGAGAAGAAGGAGGACGAGACAGAGGCCAUGCUGAAUAACAUGCGUGUGUAUGGGACCUGCUGUCUGGCACUUAUGGCUCUAGUGGUGUUUGUGGGGGUCAAAUAUGUCAACAAGCUGGCCCUGGUCUUCCUGGCCUGUGUGGUGCUCUCCAUCAUGGCCAUCUACGCUGGAGUCAUCAAGACCGUCAUAGAACCACCCAACUAUCCAAUCUGUCUCCUGGGGAACCGUUCCUUGCAGAACCACAACUUUGAGAAGUGUAUGAAGACGGAGGUGAUCAAGAACGUGACGUACACCACCGAGCUGUGGAAGCUGUUCUGUGGCAGCCCCCACCUCAACGCUACCUGUGAUGAAUAUUUUACCCUGAACAACUUGACUGAGAUCCAGGGCAUCCCAGGCCUGCUCAGCGGGGUCAUCAAAGACAACAUGUGGGGUGAGUACGGGCCCAGUGGAAUGUUGGUAGAGAAGAAGAAUCAGUCUUCUGUCCCAGUCCAGGAUAACUCCAGAGAUAUUUACAAGCCUUACAUCUUCAACGACAUCUCCACUUUCUUCACUCUGCUGGUGGGAAUCUACUUCCCCUCUGUCACAGGAAUCAUGGCGGGCUCCAACAGAUCUGGAGACCUGAGAGAUGCCCAGAGAUCGAUUCCCAUCGGCACCAUCCUGGCCAUAGCAACCACUUCUUUUAUUUACAUGACCUGUGUUGUCCUAUUUGGUGCCUGUAUCGAGGGUGUCGUUUUGAGAGACAAAUUUGGGGACUCGGUUAAGAAGAACUUGGUGAUUGGAACUCUGGCAUGGCCUUCUCCGUGGGUAAUCGUAAUUGGCUCCUUCUUCUCCUGCUGUGGUGCAGGGCUGCAGAGCCUCACCGGCGCCCCUCGCCUGCUGCAGGCCAUAGCACGCGAUGGGAUCGUCCCCUUUCUGCAGGUGUUUGGUCAUGGUAAAGCCAAUGGGGAACCUACCUGGGCCCUCUUGAUGACUGUUGGUAUCUGUGAGAUUGGAAUCCUCAUUGCAUCACUGGAUGCUGUUGCCCCCAUUCUCUCAAUGUUUUUCCUGAUGUGUUACCUGUUUGUCAACCUAGCCUGUGCCGUCCAGACACUGCUACGCACUCCCAACUGGAGGCCCAGGUUUAAGUUUUACCACUGGACUCUGUCAUUCCUGGGGAUGAGUCUCUGUCUCUCCCUCAUGUUCAUCUCCUCCUGGUACUAUGCCCUGGUAGCCAUGUCCAUUGCAGGAUGCAUCUAUAAGUACAUUGAGUACAGAGGGGCAGAGAAGGAGUGGGGAGACGGGAUCAGAGGGCUGUCCCUGAACGCUGCUCGCUACGCUCUGAUCCGCCUGGAGGAGGUGCCAACACACACUAAGAACUGGAGGCCUCAGCUACUGGUGCUACUGAAGUUGGAUUCAGACCUGGGGGUGAAACACCCUCGUCUGCUGUCCUUCACCACCCAGCUGAAGGCAGGGAAAGGCCUGACCAUCGUCAGCUCUGUGCUUGAGGGCACCUACAUGACCCUGGGAGCUGAGGCCAAGAGCGCAGAGCAGAAUGUUAAGUCAGCCAUGCACCUGGAGCGUACCAAAGGUUUCUGCCACGUGGUGGUGUCCUCUAACCUGCGGGAUGGUUUCUCCCACUUGAUCCAGUCGGCAGGGCUGGGGGGCAUGAAACACAACGCCGUUCUCAUGGCCUGGCCUGGAGGCUGGAAACAGGCUGAGGACUCCUACCCCUGGAAGAACUUCAUUGAGACAGUGAGAGAGACAACGUCAGCCCAUCAGGCCCUGUUGGUUGCUAAGAACAUUGACAAGUUCCCCUGCAACCAGGACCGUCUGGGGGAGGGCACCAUAGACGUGUGGUGGAUUGUUCAUGAUGGAGGUCUUCUCAUGCUGCUGCCUUUCUUACUGCGCCAACACAAGGUGUGGAGGAAGUGUAAGAUGCGUAUAUUCACAGUGGCUCAGAUGAAUGACAACAGUAUUCAGAUGAAGAAGGACCUGCAGAUGUUCCUGUAUCACCUCCGUCUCAACGCUGUAGUGGAGGUGGUGGAGAUGCACGAUAGUGACAUUGCAGCCUUCACCUAUGAGAAGACCCUGGUGAUGGAGCAGCGCUCUCAGAUGCUGAAACAGAUGCAGCUGUCCAGAACCGAGCGGGAGAGAGAGGCUCAGCUGAUCACUAAACUGGGCACUAAGUCCCAUGCCAACCUCAGUGAUACAGCUACCGCCGCUCCCGACCACCAUGUCCACAUGACCUGGACCAAAGACAAGCUGAUCGCCGAGAGGAACCGUAAACGCGGCGAGCCGAACAUGGGCGUGAAGGACCUCUUCAAUAUGAAACCGAACCAGUCUAACGUGAGGAGGAUGCACACCGCGGUCAAGUUGAAUGAGGUUGUGGUCAACAAAUCCCAGGGAGCUCAGCUGGUGCUGCUGAACAUGCCUGGACCGCCCAAAAACAAGGGUGGUGACGAGAAUUACAUGGAGUUUCUGGAGGUUCUUAUGGAUGGACUGGACCGUGUGCUGCUGGUACGUGGCGGAGGCAGGGAGGUGAUAACAAUCUAUUCCUAGCGUCAACAGACACGGGCGGGUAUGGUGCAGCCUCAGAGAAUCCGGCGAGGUCAUCCGGACAAAUGGCUGGGCCUCAGCCUCCACCACAGUGCCAGGAGAGGAGUGGGUCGCCCCUAUACUGUAGUAUGGGAGGACAGUAGGGGGCUGCCUCCACACGCGGAGCAGACUAAGCACACACUGCUGCUGACUGGAGGACAACAGAGGGCACUCUGGAUAAUCUUUCCAUUUCUUAUUGUCGUUAGGAAUAGGAAUUCUUUCAGUAGAACAAAGUGCAUAAGUAAUGAUAUUAGGAUGGAUAGAGAUGACCUCGGAUGACAUGGCUCAGGACUCUAUGUAGUAUGGUCUAGCCUAGCUGACAUAGGAUGUAGCUUGUAAGUCCAGAUAGUAGACGGGUGUUUAAAUCCCAGGUUAGGCAGCCUACUGUGGUUGUGCUCUGGAGUGAGCCACUUGCCCUGUAGUGCACUACUUUUGACGAGAGCUCUUAUGGGCCCUGGUCAAAUGUAAUGCACUAUAUCGGGAAUAGGGUGCCAUUUGGCAGAACUGGCCUUAGGCAUAAGCGGUCGCGUUGGGCCCCACAGCCUCUUGUGAACAAAAAAGGAACUUAGUCAGGGUCUCAACUUUCUGUUAUAUACAAGGUGAAAUUUGGUUGUGCGUCAUUAUUUCAGUCAUAGACUGUCAAUCGGUAAACAAUGUCAGCCAGAAUUUUUUUUGAUUGAUAGUUAUUUUUGUCAAUAUAUAUUUUCUUUUAGGUGGUAGAUCAGCUUUAAUAUCGCAGAUAGAUUGUGGCUUCCAAACCCCCAUAUAUUUUUAUAUAUAUUACACAGUACCAGUCAAAAUUUUGGACACGCCUACUCAUUCCAUGGUUUUUCUUUAUAUUUUACUAUUUUCUACAUUGUAGAAUAAUAGUGAAGACAUCAGAACUAUGACAUAACACAUGGAAUCAUGUUGUAACCAACUAUGUGUUAAGCAAAACAAAAUAUAUUUUAUAUUUGAGAUUCUUCAAAGUAGCCACCCUUUGCCUUAAUGAUAGCUUUGCACACUCUUGGCAUUCUCUCAACCAACUUCAUGAGGUAGUACCCUGGAAUGAAUUUCAAUUAACAGGUGUGCCUUGUUAAAAGUUAUUUUGCGGAAUAUCUUUCCUUAGUGCGUUUGAGACCAUCAGUUAUGUUGUGACAAGGAAGGGGUUUUAUACAGAAGAUAGCGCUAUUUGGUAAAAGACCAAGUCCAUAUUAUGGCAAAAGCAGCUUAAAUAAGAAAAGAGAAACAACAGUCCACCAUUACUUUGUAAGACAUGAAGGUCAGUCAAUCUGGAAAAUUUCAAGAACUAAGUGUAGUCGCAAAAAUCAACAAGCACUGAUGAAACUGGCUCUCAUGAGGACCGCCACAGGAAAGGAAGACCCAGAGUUACCUCUGCUGCAGAGGAUAAGUAAUUCGAGUUAACUGCACCUCAGAUUGCAGUCCAAAUAAAUGUUUCACAAAGUUCAAGUAACAGACAGACAUCUCAACAUCAACUGUUUAGAGACUGCGUAAAUCAGGCCUUCAUGGUCGAAUCCUGCAUAGAAACUACUAUUAAAGGACACCAACAAGAAGAAGAGACUUGCUUGGGCCAAGAAACACGAGAAAUGGACGUUAGACUGGUAAAAGUCUGUACUUUGGUCCGAACCAAAGUACUGAGUCCAAAUUUGAGAUUUUUGUUUCCAACCACCGUGUCUUUUGUGAGACGCAGAGUAGGUGAACGCAUGAUCUCUGCAUGUGUGAUUCCCACCGUGAAGCAUGGAGGAGGAGGUGUGAUGGCGUGGGGAUGCUUUUUGCUGGUGACAAUGCAUUCUGCAGCGAUACUCCAUCCCAUCUGGUUUGCGCUUAGUGGGACCAUUUGUUUUGUUUUCAACGGGGCAAUGACCCAAAACACACCUCCAUGCUGUGUAUGCACUAUUUGACGAAAAAGAGUGACGGAGUGCUGCAUCAGAUGACUUGGCCACCACAAUCACCCGACCUCAGCCCAUUUGAGAUAGUCUGGGAUGUUGGACCGCUGAGUGAAGGAAAAGCAGUACUCAGCAUAUGUGGGAUCUCCUUCAAGACUGUUGAAAAAGCCUUCCUAAUAGUUUUGAUGUCUUCACUAUUGUUCUACAAUGUAGAAAAUAGUAAAAAAUCAAUUUAAAAAACCUUGAAUGAGUAGCUGUGUCCCAAACUUUUGUGUGUGUGAGAGAAGUUGUAAGUUUACAUACACCUUAGCCAAAUACAUUCAAACUCCGUUUUUCACAAUUCCUGACAUUCAAUUCUUGUAAAAAUUCCCUGUCUUAGGUCAGUUAGGAUCCCCACUUUAUUUAAAGAAUGUGAAAUGUCAGAAUGAUAGUAGAGAGAAUGAUUUAUAUCAGCUUUCAUUUCUUUCAUCACAUUCCCAGUGGGUCAGAAGUUUCCCCUUCACUCAAUUAGUAUUUGGUAGCAUUGCCUUUAAAUUGUUUAACUUGGGUCAAACGUUUCAGGUAACCUUCCACAAGCUUCCCACAAUAAGUUCGGUGAAUUUUGGCCCAUUCCUCCUGACAGAGCUGGUGUAACUGAGUCAGGUUUGUAAGCCUCCUUGCUCGCACACGCUUUUUCAGUUCUGUCCACAAAUGUUCUAUAGGAUUGAGGUCAGGUCUUUGUGAUGGCCAUUCCAAUACCUUUAUUGUCCUUAAGCCAUUUUGCCACAACUUUGGAAGUAUGCUUAGGAGCAUUGUCCAUUUGGAAGACCCAUUUGCGCCCAAGCUUCAACUUCCUGACUGAUGUCUUGAGAUGUUGCUUCAAUAUAUCCACAUAAUUUCCCUCCCUCAUAAUGCCAUCUAUUUUGUGAAUUGCACUUGUCCCUCCUAUAGCAAAGCGCCCACACAACAUGAUGCUGCCAGGUUUGUAGGCCUCCUUGCUCGCACACGCUUUUAACAUUCCUGUGCUUCACGGUUAGGAUGGUGUUCUUUGACUUGCAAGCCUCCCCCUAUUUCCUCCAAACAUAACAAUGGUCAUUAUGGCCAAACAGUUCUAUUUUUGUUUCAUCAGCCCAGAGAACAUUUCUCCAAAAAGUACGAUCUUUGUCCCCAUGUGCAGUUGCAAACCGUAGUCUGGCUUUUUUAUGGCGGUUUUGGAGCAGUGGCUUCUUCCUUGCUGAGCGGCCUUUUAGGUUAUGUUAAUAUAGGACUCGUUUUACUGUGAAUAUGGAUGCUUUUGUACCUGUUUCCUCCAGCAUCUUCACAAGGUCCUUUGCUGUUGUUCUGGGAUUGAUUUGCACUUUCUCACUAAAGUACGUUAAUCUCUAGGAGACAGAAUGCGUCUCCUUCCUGAGUGGUAUGACAGCUGCGGGGUCCCAUGGUGUUUAUACUUGCGUACUAUUGUUUGUACAGAUGAACGUGGUACCUUCAGGCAUUUGGAAACUGCUCCCAAGGAUGAACCAGACAUGUGGAGGUCUACAAUUUAUUUUCUGAGGUCUUGGCUGAUUUCUUUUGAUUUUCCCAUGAUGUCAUGCAAAGAGGCACUGAGUUUGAAGGUAGGCCUUGAAAUACAUCCACAGGUGCACCUCCAAUUGACUCAAAUUAUGUUAAUUAGCAGAAACUUCUAAAGCUAUUACAUCAUUUUCUGGAAUUUUCCAAGCUGUUUAAAGGCACAGUCAACUUAGUGUGUGUAAACUUCUGACCCACUGGAAUUGUGAUACAGUGAAUUAUAAGUAUUAUUAUCUGUCUGUAAACAAUUGUUGGAAAAUUGACUUGUGUCAUGCACCAAGUAGAUGUCCUAAACGACUUGCCAUAACUAUAGUUUGUUAACAAGAAAUUUGUGGAGUGGUUGAAAAACAAGUUUUAAUGACUUCAACUUAAGUGUAUGUAAACUUCUGACUUCAACUGUAUGUAUGUAAUUGUUUUUGUUAUCCUUCAGCUACCCUCAAUCCCUUGCAUCUAUCUCUGAAGACCAUCCAGUUCUAUUGGCCAUAUAUUUUUAACUGUGCUGUUUCACAAAAGUUAUGAACCUAUGUACAUUUUAGGGAAACAGUAUAUUUUACAUGAGUUAUCUUGUUAAUUUUAGUCCCACCCUUCAGCUCCACUCAACCCUUUUCAUAUAUCUCUGAACACCAUCCAGUUUCUAUUUGCCAUUUAUUUUUCAGCUGUGAUGUUUCACAAAAGUUCUGAAAUGUUCUAUUAUUAGUUUCUACAAAUUGUAAAUUAAAGAUAAACAUUUUUGCUAAGAGUAUUAUUAUAUUAUUGAUCGAUUGACUAUGACUUUUAAAAUUAGCUAGCAGUGCUAUUUGUAGUUAGCUCCAGGUAAAUGUUGCAAUUCAAGAGCCAUCCCUGAACCUGCGACCAAAAACAAGAUACAUAUUGACAGUACCAAAACAAAUGAUCUGAUGAUUCUCUUUGCAGCUAAAUGUGCAGAGCUGGGACGGUUGUGUCCCCCAUAUAUAUAACGUUCUAUUGGUUGCAAGAUUUUUGUAUAAUAAUAUUAAUUGAAAAAAGUUUUGAAUCCGGAAUCGUUUUGUGUAUCAGUUCAUAAACCAUGUGCCAUGAAAUUGGUACAUCAAAAAUAUCUUCCCGACUACUUUGCAAUCUGUAUGGCACAGCUGUCAAUUUUUGCGAUCUUAAAUUAAACUGGUAUACUUUUUUAUUUAUCACAAUUUUCUUUAACCAAUUUUGGUCUUUAACGAAGGGCUGACAGAGACGUUCCUUACAUUCUCCCCUUUCCACAUGCCUCUUCCAUUUUUGCGGUAAUGCUGCAAUUAGUUGGUUGUACAGCAGACAUUUCCAUAUAUUUUUGUUAGCUGCAUGUGUGACAGUCCUAUUUAUAAUCUAAUUUUUGUUUUUUUUAUCAAUCAGUAUAUUUGAGUUUAACCAUAAUAUUUGUUGUUAUAUUUGUUCUGUCUUUUCUGGUGGAUUAAACUGAAAUUGCAUCCAA